AAGGCAGGGGCCCCACAGGCUCCCUGACGAGAGCGGUGGGCUCGACUCGCUCUCUGGGAUUUGGGCUCCUUCCCGCCCUCCAAGAGGCUCCCCGCUGCCACCAGCCUCUCGCCCCUGCCCCGGGGCCCCUUGUCCACCCGCGCCAGACCUGCACCCACGUGGGAUCGCUCGCCCCCCAGUACUUCAAAUUCAGCCCGUCCGCACAGAGCCUACUGCGCUGCGCCGCGCCCUCCCGCCUCGCCCUUUUAAGCAGCCGUGCCCCACACGGCUCUUUUAAGAGGGUCACUGACGUACAGUGUGGAAUUCCUGCUAAAGUGGUAAUGAUUAUACAAAGAGUGGUGUUGAACUCACGUCCUGGUAAAAAUGGUGUGCCAGUGGCAGAAAACUUCCGAAUGGAAGCGGCCUCCCUACCAGAUAAAAUCACAGAUGGACAGGUACAAGCUCGAACCCUCUACCUCUCUGUGGACCCUUACAUGCGCUGCCGCAUGAAUGAAGACACAGGUUCUGAUUACCUCCUGCCCUGGCAGUUGUCUGAAGUGGCUGAUGGUGGGGGCAUUGGGGUUGUGGAGGAGAGCAAACAUGCUAACUUUGCUAAAGGAGACAUUGUAACUUCUUUCAACUGGCCCUGGCAGACAAAGGUCAUUCUGGAUGGAAGACUCCUCCAAAAGCUAGAUCCACAACUUGUUGAUGGACACCUCUCCUACUUUCUUGGUGCAGCUGGCAUUACUGGGCUGACCUCCUUUCUAGGAAUAAAAGAGAAGGGACAUGUGACUCAGGGUGCCAAUCAGACAAUGGUUGUCAGUGGGGCUGCUGGUGCCUGUGGUUCUCUGGCUGGUCAGAUUGGCCGCCUAGAGGGCUGCUCUAGAGUGGUAGGAAUCUGUGGUACAGAUGAGAAGUGCUCCAUUUUGGUCUCAGAAAUGGGAUUUGAUGCGGCUAUCAAUUACAAGAAGGGGAAUGUGGCAGAGCAGCUGCAUGAACUCUGCCCAGCUGGCGUGGAUGUUUACUUUGAUAAUGUUGGUGGAGACAUCAGUGAUGCAGUUAUAAAUCAGAUGAAUCAGAACAGCCAUAUCAUCCUAUGUGGACAGAUUUCCCAGUAUAAUAAAGAUGUGCCUUAUCCUCCCCCACUGCCUCCUGCAGUAGAAGAAAUACAGAAAGCAAGGAAUAUCACAAGGGAGAGGUUUCUGGUAUUAAACUAUAUGGACAAACACGAAGCUAGUAUUCUACAGCUCUGUCAGUGGAUCAAAGAGGGGAAACUGAAGGUCAAAGAGACUGUGGUAAAAGGCCUGGAAAACAUUGGCGGGGCUUUCCAGUCCAUGAUGACCGGAGGCAACACUGGAAAACAGAUAGUGUUAAUUUCUGAAUAAAAAUCUUUGCCUCUUCAUGUGAAUGUGGCCCACCAGGAAAAAUAAACUUGA